AAAUGCUGUUGUGCUGACUGCUAAUUUCUUGAAAGAAUGAGGAUUUGUGCCAUUAAAGACUGCACAAGCAGCACUUACCAACUCAAAAAAUGGAAAAAGACAUUUUGUGAAGUGCACCAAUGCAACAGUGGUACAGGAUGGUGUGUGUGCCCUCCCCCAUUUGAUCUGAUACCCUUUCCAACAGAAAGAAAAGACCCCGAAUUAAGGGCAAAAUGGAUUAAAUUAGUUAAUCGACAGUUGAAACCUGGGAAAAAUUGGAAGCCUGAUGAUGACAGUAGAAUAUGUUCGAAACAUUUUGAAGGAGGCAAUCCUGUCCCAACAUUAAACCUUGGGUAUGAACUAACUAUGCCUUUAAAACUCAGGCCUCCCCCAAAGGAAAGACAGCCAUUAAUACAAAAAUCUAAGAAAUCUUCAGAAACCAAGGUUAAAACUGAUGAAAAUGAAAAUGUUGUCCAUCUAACAGAAGAUAAUUCAGUUACGUGUACAGUUCCUUUACAAUUUGAGCAUGAUUAUUGUGCAAAAUGUGUUUGUAAUGCAAACUGUGAGUGUUUAGGGUGUUUAGAGAAAUCUAAAAUGAUAAAUAAUCUUAGUUAUCAGUUGGAAAGAUUGCAAAUGGUCACGACAAAUGAAAGUAAACUCCAUGGAAAGAAGAAUGUGCACAAAAGGUUUACAAAAACAGAUAAAAAAGUAAGAGCCAACACUGGCCUUCCGAAUAAAUCAACUCUUCUGAACUUAUACAAAUAUUUAAAACCAAAAUCCCAUCGCCUGAGAUAUUGGGAGGGCUCUAAAAAAGUGAUCAGUACCAAAGUACCUCGUCGUUUCAAGAAAUCCCCAAAAAAGAGUGGUCCAGAGAAAAAACUUGGUGCACUUGAUGAGCUUGUUUUAACAUUAAUGAAACUUAGACUAGAUAUUAACUUUGAAUUUUUAGCCGAUUUAUUUGGAGUCUCUCAGGGUACAUGUUCAAAGAUUUUUAACACUUGGAUAAAAUUUCUGUCCAAAGAGUUAAGGCCUCUGAUCUUCUGGCCAGACAAAGAAAUUGUCAGAAAAUUACUACCACCAUCAUUAAUAAAACAGUACGCCAAACUUAGAUGCACAAUAGACUGCACUGAAGUUUUCAUUGAAAAGCCGAGACAUUUGGAACUACAAGCUCUCACGUGGUCCGAUUAUAAACAACAUAAUACAGUUAAAGUACUUAUUGGAAUAGCUCCUAAUGGAGCUAUUUCUUUCUUAAGUAAGUGUUAUGGUGGAAGGAUGUCGGACAGACAGAUUGUCCGUGAAUCAUCUUUUCUUGACUUAAUAGAUCCUGGCGACAUUAUCUUAGCUGACAGAGGCUUUCCAAUUCGAGAGGAACUUUUGCUCCGGUAUGCAAAUUUGGUUAUUCCACCUCCAGGAUCCGGCAUUCAACAAAUGACAAGAGAAAAUGUAGAAAAAACAAAAAGUAUUGCUAAUGUACGUAUCCAUGUUGAAAGAGCCAUCAACAGGAUCAAGUGGUUUGCCAUUUUGAAGAACACACUACCAAUUACUCUGGUUCCUCUUGUAGAUGACAUUGUUUCUGUUUGUGCAAGUCUUUGUAACUUACUCAAACCUCUGGUUACAAGGUAGAUCCGUACUGAAAUGACUUCAUCAACAGUGGUACUUUAUUGAAAAUACAAAAUGAUGAAAAAUAGGAAUGUAAAUUUUUUUUCAAGUGAUUUUUAUUAUUGAUAGCAAUGUGAUUUAAUUGCAUGUCUAAACAGUUUUUGAUCUUCAACUUUACAAAUGAAAUUCACUUGAGCAUAUACGUAUGCAAAUUUAUACAAUAUAAUGUAUUAACAACAAAUUUCAUUAAAAAAGAAAAAUAA